UCACUUCCGCGCGCCGCCGCAAACGUCAGUGUCGGGCGCAGACGGCGGCAGUGCGGCUUGCUCUUGGAAGUUCAGGCUGGGUUGUCUUUUGGGAGCCAUGGAGAGUGACUUUUAUCUGCGUUACUACGUGGGGCACAAGGGCAAGUUCGGCCACGAGUUCCUGGAGUUUGAGUUUCGACCGGACGGGAAGUUAAGAUAUGCCAACAACAGCAAUUAUAAGAAUGAUGUCAUGAUCAGAAAAGAGGCUUAUGUACAUAAAAGCGUGAUGGAGGAACUGAAGAGAAUAAUUGACGACAGUGAAAUUACCAAAGAGGAUGAUGCAUUGUGGCCUCCUCCUGACCGAGUGGGCCGGCAGGAGCUUGAAAUCGUCAUUGGAGAUGAACACAUUUCUUUUACAACAUCAAAAAUUGGUUCCCUUAUUGAUGUCAAUCAAUCCAAGGAUCCAGAAGGCUUACGAGUAUUUUAUUAUCUUGUCCAGGACCUGAAGUGUUUGGUCUUCAGUCUUAUUGGAUUACACUUCAAGAUUAAACCAAUCUAGAUUGAAUAUUGGUGUGGACAUGGAGGGGGGGGGUGGGUGGGAGUAGAAAAUUUUGUGUAUAUCAGGGCAGUAUUUUUUUAUGAACUAUAAAUGAUUGUCUUUAAUAAAUAUGUGAUAAAAUCCAAUUUUUAUUAUUUUAUAAGGACCUGAAC